AUGGGGCACUUCUCCUCCAUGUUCAGUGGACUGGCAAGGUCGCUAUCCAUCAAGAAAGGGAAAAAUAACCAUGGAAAUUCUGAUGCAAGAGAUGCUGCGGAAGCAAUGGCGAAGGAGGCGAAGAAGAAUGACAUGAUACUGCGCUCUUCCGGGAUUGUCAAUGUUGAUGGUUCAAACAAUUUUGCUUCAGUUUUCUCAAAGAGAGGCCAGAAAGGAAUGAACCAGGACUGCUGUAUUGUGUGGGAGGAAUUUGGGUGCCAAGAGGACAUGAUGUUUUGUGGAAUAUUUGACGGGCAUGGUCCAUGGGGACAUUUUGUGGCAAAAAGGAUCAGAGAAACAAUGCCACCCUCUUUGUUGUGUAGUUGGCAAGAGACACUAGCUCAAACUUCCCUCGAUCCAGAUUUGGACUUGGAAUUGGAUAAAAAGGGUCACCGGUUUAAUAUAUGGAAGCAUUCCUAUAUCAAAACUUGUGCUGCUAUUGAUCAGGAGCUUGAGCGGCAUCGUAGAAUUGAUUCCGUUUACAGCGGAACAACUGCCCUCUCUAUUGUCAGACAGGGUGAUCUAAUUUUUGUAGCAAAUGUUGGUGAUUCUCGUGCUGUUUUGGCUACCACUUCAGAAGAUGGAAGCUUAGUGCCAGUUCAGCUUACUGUUGAUUUCAAGCCCAGUUUACCUCAGGAGGCGGAGCGAAUAAUUCAAAGCAACGGGCGGGUGUUCUGCUUAGAUGAUGAACCAGGGGUGCAAAGGGUGUGGCAGCCAGAUGGGGAAACACCAGGACUUGCAAUGUCUAGAGCCUUUGGAGAUUACUGUGUGAAGGGCUUUGGGCUCAUUUCUGUGCCUGAAGUGACACAGAGAAAUAUAACAAGCAGAGAUCAAUUUGUUGUGUUGGCAACUGAUGGGGUUUGGGAUGUUGUUUCAAAUCAAGAAGCAGUGCAGAUUGUAGGUUCAACAGCAGACAGGGCAAAGUCUGCUAAGCGUCUGGUGGAGUGUGCUGUGCAUGCAUGGAAGCGCAAGAGGAGGGGAAUAGCAAUGGACGACAUUUCAGCCAUUUGCCUCUUCUUUCAUUCUUCCCCUUUGUCUGACCCUCAGCAAGUUCACCCAAUCAGUAUUGCCACACCAAAAUAG